UAGGGAUUAGACCAAUGGAGGAUCUUGACGGCCUACCAUUGUCCUCACAGGCGCAUGGUUCUCCUCUCCUACUCCUGGAUCGCAUGAGGUGACGAGUAUCAAGCAAGGGCUGGACUCCAUCAACUAUUUUCUUUGUCUUCUUUUUCUGAUCCCACAGUGCUACCAAAAAUUCUCUUUCCCUUUUCUUCAUUCUUUCAACUGGCACUACGCCUCUCACUCUCUUUUCUCUUUAUCUACUUAUCCUUUGUCCCGCCCGUCGGCAGUAGAGAUUCCACUCUCUCUCUCUCGUUCUUUCAUCCCACGGUCACUACCUCUUCCAGCACUCGCAUUACUUGAGGACUUGACGCCCUCUUGUCAAUCCUUUUACCACCAACACAUUCUCUGCUAGACUUGUCAUCGCGACAAAAAAGCUCUACCUAAGCUCGACGCUGCUCGACAUUCUCUUCGUGAUUCGUCCACAAGAUCCAAAGACAAACUGUAGAGCCAGAUCUCCAGUCAUUUUCGAACCUCGUCCAAAACGAUACAACAUUUCCCUCAAGGAACGCCGACCAACUAUCUUCCAUUAUGGCCGUACUCAAGAACAUCACCCUCGCAGCGUUGCUGCUCGCUCCUUUCACCAUGGCUGCUCCCCGUCUAGAUGCGCGAGCCAUGUACACCCAUACCGACACCGAAAUCGUUUGGGUGACUGUUGAAGAAACCACCACUAUCUGGCUUGAACCCGGCGCACCAACUCCGGCCCCGGCGCCUGUUGCUGCUGCCGAUACAACCACUGUCGCUGUUGCAAACAGCUCGGCCACCUCUGGUCCCGCUGUCUUUGCCGCCCAAACUAUCUACGGCCCUUCGACGACCAUGGCAACUGUCGCCGGUGCUGCUGCUGCUCCAGCUGCCCCUCCAGCGUCCUCUCCUGCCGCAGCUGCGUGGUCGUCUGCACCGGCCCCGGCCCCAGUCGCACCAGCUCCGGCUUCUCCGGCUCCCGCUGCUGAGUCCUCGCCCGCUGCUGCUUCUGCCGCAUCUGCACCCGCCCCGUCAGCCUCAUCCUCGAAUGGUGGUGGCAGCCCUAAAGACAUCAGCGCCUCCCAAUCGGCAACCUGCGAGGGUACCGGCGCUGCUUGCGUCGGUGACGUAACUCAUUGGGAUGGAGGUCUCGGUGCAUGCGGCUGGAACGUCAACACAAACAGUGAUCUCUCAAUCGCUCUUCCCUAUCAAUUCAUGGGUACCCAGUCGAAUGGAAACCCUUACUGUGGACGUUCGGUGACUCUGUACAACCCCACCUCGGGCACCACGGUUCAGGCCAAGGUCGGCGACAAGUGUAUGGGUUGCGUCGACCGUGCCAUUGAUUGUACCGAUGCCUUGUUCAAUGCCAUCACCGAUGGGACAGGUAAUGGCCGUGUCCAUGGCAUUGAAUGGUGGUUCAGUUAGAUGCCUUUCUUAUCCCUAGAUAUCUGAGUCAGUGACUUGGGAUUUGGUGAUUAUUUCUGAAGGAGACAGGGAGAAGAAAUGCAUGACAUGACUUUUGAAAAGUCGAUCAUGGAGAAGUACAGUACAUGAUUUUUGGGGGGGCAAGGGUUUCUGGGAAGCCUUGAACAAAGAUAAACAAAUCCUCCAAACCCCGUUUCUUGGGCCGGAUUUUGUUACUUGAUUUUUUGUCAUAUAUCAACCAACCAGGUGUUGCUGGAUAUAUACUAGAAAAUUUUAAGCCCAAGGAAAUCUCGGUCGUGAAGGGGUCAAGUUUGUGGAUUUUUUAACGAACAUUUAUGAACAAAUAGGAAAGGAGAUGGGAUAUAGGAUAUAGGAUAUAGGAAAUAUGGAAUUAUGAAUCAAGCGCCAUUGCAUCCA